AUGGCGCCAGCUCUAACAUCCCAGGCGCCCGACGCCCCUCACACCCUCUCCUCGACGCCCAAACAACUCUCCAAAACCCUCUUCCCAGACGGCCUCCUCACCUCCGGCCAACACGAACCCAUCUACUCCCUGCUAAAACCCUACUCCUCCUUCCCAAAAACCAUCACCGGCCCCACUGCCUGGCAAGCCUCCGACUACUCCUCCAACCCCGAACGCUGGACGCACAUCUUCUCCGCAGCCGAAGUCGCGGAAAUCAGUGCGGCGGCAGAUGCGUUUCUGACGAGCGGCACACCGCUAACGGGCAUUACGUCUGAGAAGUUCCCUUUGCCAGAAUUCUCGAGGUUCUUGGCGCCGCUGAGGAAGGAGCUUAUUGAUGGAAAAGGGUUCAUUCUUUUCAAAGGGUUGCCGGUGCAGGAGUGGGGGAAUAAGAAGUCGGCGGUUGCGUAUAUGGGGUUGGGAACGUAUCUGGGGUACUUUGUGAGUCAGAAUAGUCGGGGCCAUGUGUUGGGGCAUGUCAAGGAUCUGGGUGAGGAUGCGACGGCGAUUGAUAAGGUGAGGAUUUAUCGGACGAAUGCGAGGCAAUUUUUCCAUGCCGAUGAUGCGGAUUUGGUGGGGUUGCUGUGUGUGGCUAAGGCGUUAGAGGGGGGUGAGAGUGAUCUUGUCAGUAGCCAUACGGUCUGGAACCAUCUCCAGGAGAACCAUCCCGAUGUUGCGGAACUGCUUACACAGCCAAUCUGGUAUUUUGACCGCAAGGGCGAGACGAGCAAAGGGCAGAAGGAGUGGAUCCAAACUGCAGUCUUUUACCUCGAGACGGGCGAUAACCCAAGAGUGUACAGCAAAUGGGACCCAUACUUUGUUCGCUCCCUAAGCCGCUUCUCAGAAAAGGGUCUUGUUCCUCCUCUUUCUCCAGCCCAGGAACGUGCCAUUACCAUCCUAGAAGAAACGUGCCAGAAGUUUGCUCUGCACAUGAUCCUUGAUGUGGGCGACAUCCAGUUCCUAUCCAACAACCACAUUUUCCAUGCUAGAACAGCGUACAAGGAUUACGCACCACCAGCACCGCGGAGGCAUCUGAUGAGGUUGUGGUUGAGCACUCCAGAAGAUGAGGGCGGCUGGAAACUGCCAUACCAUGAUAGCAAGGAGAAGAAGAGGGGAGGUAUCCAGGUUGACGAUACGCCACCAGUGGCUCCUGAAGAUGCAGAGUAA